AUGAGAUAAUAACAAGCUCAUAUUUAGACUCUCUAAACCAUGGCGACCAGACUAAGCUCAAAAAUUUCAAAUAGAAGGUCAGUAUUGAACGAUAGCUAACAAAUCUAUAAUCAACAAUUAAAUAUCUCAGUUAAUCAAUCCUUCAACACCCCAACAUUAAUAACUAAUCAAUAAUCAUUUAUAAUUUCACAACCAACAAAUCAAAGCAUGAGAGACACCAUUAAAAGCGUUCGAUGUACUUCUCCAUCCUUAAGAAUACAAACUGAGAGAGAAGAAGUAGAAGAUAAAAAAUAAUAAUAAUUUAUUGAUGCCACAAUGAGAUUGUUAGCUCAAAACGAGAAAUUAGAAAAAUUGGUUUGUGAAUAAAAUGAAAUGUUAGCAAACUAUAAGUAAGAGAAGUAGGAAUUAGAAUUUACAGUAAAGAGAUUAUCCCAAGAGAUUACAUUUCUAAAAGAUACAAAUUAAAAGAGAGUAUUGGCAUUAGAAAGAGAGUUAAAGUAAGUUAGUGGAAAAUCGUAACAUUAACCAAAAAGAUUUCUUCGAUGA